AUGCCGACGGUCCAGCUACGGAAGAAUGCGACGAUCGCAACGGUCAGAUUCGGUGGAAACGAGCCGACGAACACGAUCGGGAUCACAACAGUCAUUACCCCGAUUGGAGAAGUCGUUUUCCACGUUAUCAAUAUGUCAACGCCCUUCUUGCUAUGCCUCAAGGAUAUGGACCGUCUCGGUGCCUAUCUCAACAACGUCACGAACGAAUUGAUCUGCGGCGAUAAGAGGAUUCCGAUCAUCAAGGCAGACGCACCGCGCAGGUUCAAAUUCACGUUAAAGGAUAACUGCGAUUUCAACUACGAAUUGAUCGUCGAUAGACGGGAAGCACUCAAAUUGUGUUGGAUUGACACAUACCUAGGCCCUCCAGAUGUUAUCACGCACGACGCUGCUGAGUCGUUGCUUCAAAUGGCCUUCAAAUCCGUCAAUGAUACCGCCGGACCUGACGGUCUAGUGCCCACACUACUAGUCUUUGAGGUCACAGUUGAGCUAGACAACGGGCCAGCUAAAUUUCGCAGCACGGCUGUCCAGCCCUACUUUCGCCACCCGGAUUCGCAGCAGCAACGAAGUCACGAUGUUCUACAGCAGCCACACGCUGACAAUCAGACUGCUGACAAUCAGGCUGAUAGCAUCAACGUUGAGACCGAAGUGCCUAAGCCAUUCGAAUAUCCCGAGCCGGAGAGACCACGCAGACGCGGCAGACCAAGAAAAGUCCCUCGAGAUCAGCAGCAAUACGAUACCUUCGAGUGCGCCGCCCUCGACCUUGCCGUAAAGUUACGUGCAGAGAAGAAAAUCACUACCGCCGGACGACCGUUUGAAGCCUCUGAUGACCUCGAAAUCACGAACCUGCUAGGCGCAGGCGUCAUCGUGCCCGAACGAUACGAUAUGAAUAAGCAUGGAAAACACAGGCUAUUCAAGUCACGAAUGGUCCGGGAGGUCAAAGGCAAGAACACUGCUACACCGUACGAGAAGUCUCGUCUUGUGGUACAAGGAUAUGGUGACGACGAGAAGCAGAUCAACGUCACGACCGCAGAGACCAACGCGGAUACCGCACUUCAGGUUAAUGCCUUCGGCGUUGCCGCGCUUCAGACUGAUGAUACGUUAUUGGUAGGCACAACAACAUUCCUGCAACGUGAAGACCGCGAGCUAUGCUUCCAAGCCAAGCCAAAGAAGACCCUACGAGAAGGCGAUACCUGUGAUUUCAACGGCAGCCUCAUUGCUCUAGAGAAGGGCUAUCUUCUAGUCAUGCAGAAAGGUCAGGUCAACAACCUCAAAAUUAUCGAUCUAUCCACGGAAGAUCGGGCCCAACGAUACGUGGAACAACGUGCCCAUCCAACCGCGGAGGAUUUUCAGGCGUUGAAUAAACGGAUCCAAUGGCAGAUCGACAAUCCACAAAGAGGCCUUCGAUUCGUCCCAAUAGGUCUAGAAGCAGCAAAGGUCUUCGUCUUCACAGACGGAUCAUUCGCCAACAACAAGGACUUAAGCUCUCAGAUCGGAUUCGUUAUAAUCAUUGCAACCGAGACUAACUCGACGAAGUAUUCGUACAGCCUGUACGAGUGCCUAGUGAAGCUUGGCACCACCACGGAGAAACGUCUGAUGAUCGAUAUCAUGGCGUUGAGACAGGCCUACGAACAACGCGAAAUCACCAACAUCCGCUGGAUCAACGGAGCGGAUAACCCGGCCGAUGCAAUGACGAAGCUAUCUCCAAACGGGGCCUUAACCCGAUUCGUUAACGACAACGAGAUCACGAUCCGGCUCGAAGGCUGGGUUCAAAGGAAGGAAGAUAUGACCGCAUGA